CCCAGCAAUUGCCACCUGCAGGCUACUUCCAUCAUAUUGCACCAACCCUUUCGCCCUUCUCUCUUAUUGAUGUUACUACUAUCGCUUUGUUUCUCGUUUGAUUGUAAGUCAUCUAUGGUGUUGUUCUGACCAUUGGAGAUUUUUUAGAAUCAUGGGGGAGUCUUCUGCAUCAUACAUACACAUGGUGCAGCACCUAAUAGAGAAGUGCCUCAUCUUCAACAUGACGAAAGAGGAGUGCAUGGAAGCCCUAUCUAAGCAUGCAAACAUUGAGCCCGUCAUCACUUCGACUGUGUGGAAUGAAUUAGAGAAAGAGAACAAGGAAUUCUUCGAGUCCUACACGCAAUCUCAGACCAAAGGCGAUCGAAUGUCUGAGGCUGAAGCAAGCCAGAUGAUCCAAAAGAUGAUCUCAGACCCGACCAAAGAUUCUGAUGACUAGCAACAGCUAACUUCGCCGUCGAAAACGAUCUCACCUUUGGGUUUCAGCUGGUGAAAAUAAUUGGCUGUUUGUCCGACUCCAAAACCCCUCGCAUCCAGCCAAACACAAAGGGGAAGAGACUAUUAUGUUGUCCCAACUCAUAUGCCUAUAUAUAUAGUAGUCAGCAUAUUUUUGUAGUGUCCCCUCUCCAAAUCCAAACAGACGCUAAAGUUACGCAGCGACCAAUCAUCGGUUGCUAUGUCAUUUUAUAUAUACAUAAGCCAGUCCUAUGUAUGAUCUCGCACAUGAACCAUGAUGAGAAAUUGUCAGAAUGGUAAGAGGGGCUAGGAAGGUGCAGGUGAUGAAGUUGAAUCUUGUGAAUAGGCUUGAAAGGGUUUCCAGGUACAGACACCAGGAAUCUGUCAUCUGUGUGGGUGAUGAUUCCCGGUGCCCUCUGCUGCCUUUUAUUGUGUUACAGAGAAAUAAGAAUGGCAUGUGAUGUUACUUAUCA